AUGACAAAAGGACUAUUAUCCUUUAGAAAGCAUCGCAAUAAGAUGCACAUGUUGUGCCACUACUGUGGCCCUAAGGCCUACUACCUUCAGAAGUUGACAUGUGGUAAAUGUGGCUACCCAGUCAAGUACAAGAGAAGGUAUAACUGGAAUGCCAAGGCUAAGAGACAAAACACUACCAGGAUCGGGCAGAUGAGGCACCUAAAAAUUGUCUAUCGAAGAUUCAGACAUGGAUUCCAUGAAGGGCCAACACCUAAACCCAAGAGGGCAGCUGUUGCAGCAUCCAGUUCAUCUUCAGGAAUUUCAAUUCUAAUAGAAACUAAGUCUAUUAAGGAAAAGAGAAACCAGGUGCCUAAUGGAACAAACAAUGCAACUGAAGCAGCCCAGACUGCUGGCAGGAUUGUUGCCAUUGGUAACACAUCUUUCUCUGUCUUUGAAACUGCCAUGCUAUAG